CUGAUGUUAAUGAUAAUAAUACUUUAUCACUACCUGAUGUUUGUUUUCAAUGUGAACGCCCUUAUACCAGUGGUAAAUGGUGUCGUUCUUGUGAAUCUUAUUUAUUUGAAGCAAAUUUCCCAAAUUGGUCUACUAGAAAUGUUGAGUUGAAUAAAUUAAUUCGUCAAUCUCAACUAAAUUCUUCAAAUGAUCAAAAUUUCUUGAAAUGGUUUCCUUUCCCUCAGUUUAAACAUUUAAAAGAUCUUGGUUCGGGUGGUUUUUCUUCUAUGUAUUCCGCUCGUUGGUCAAAUGAUGUUUUGGAUGGUACUUUACAACAAUGGGUAUCAAAUAUGGAAAUCCAAAUUAUUCUUGAUUAUGUUAAAAGUCAUAAUGUGCAUUUAUCCGAAGAUGAUUGGGAUACUGUCUUGUCCGAAUUUAUGAAAAAAAUGAGAUUGAUUUUUGAAGCUCGUAAAACUUUAAAAUGUAAACCUGUAACCGAUAAUGAUACUGAUUCUUUAAAGUACGCGUACACCUAG